AUGCCCAAUAUUAUCACUACCGAGGAACAACGUGGCACUGCCAUUGCAACAUCUUUGAACAUUCUCCAUUAUUUCAAACAAAACACGGAGGUGGUCUGGGAGAUUCUCAAGUUGACAUCUGAAAUGUUGAAAAAGGAAAGUGCAUGUACUACUCAUGAAGAUCAACCACCCCCAUUAUCAACAACAACAACAACAAUCAACGUCACCAAUCUGCAAGCGGGCCACUGUCUCCAAGGAUUGAUCCAUUCCAGAUGCUGCAUACAUCGUGAUAUGGAGGAAAAGUACCACGAAUGUUGCAUGCGCAUACUGAUAUGUCUGGCACCUCAACUUCCGGCCGAAGACACGGCUCAUGGAAUGGUGGGACACAUCUUGCUUCCGUAUUUAGAAAGCAAUCUACACACACUGAGCUGCUUGGAAUCACCAGUGGAAGACAAUUCCAUGCGAGUGGAACUGUCCUUUCAAGCGAUUCAAUCCCUGCUGCAGGUCAAAAAGCACGCGUCGGCUUUGUUGGCGCCACUCGUCAAAGAUGUCGCUCCCAAUGGACAGGAAACGUACCAAAUCAAUCCUCUUCGCAAACGGUUGUUUCAUGUGUUUCAAACCGCCAUACAGAACUACUUGUCUUGUCCACAACCCAACGUUGUGACGACGACGACAAGUCAAUUGGCGACAAUUUACAGUGGUCUUGCAAUGGCCCUCGAGGUGGCAACCGCCGUGGACAAGUCUUCCUCGGUGCCUUCAUCAUCAUCAUCAAUGUUCAAACAAGGAACUGGUGUGGCUUCCGAAAAUACGAUCAGAGACCUGGAUGUGCUUGUGAUGGAACGCUUUUUCAAAGAAGUCUUCCAAAAUGAAGACUUGAUGACUGCCUCAUAUUCAAACACACCAAACGAGAUUUGGAUAGUGCUGCUUUCCUAUUUGAAGCACCAACCAGAUGCGUCGCUGUCUUUGGGGAGCACUCUUCUGCUACGGGGGAACGGGAUGAGGGCGGUGGAAUGGAAAGGGACCAAUGACAGCAAUGCAGCAGGCACCAAAUGCUCUCGCUGUGGAUACGACUGUGACAAAUUGCCGUCAUUCUUGCGACUGGUCCAUGGCAUAAGGAAUGGCGUAGAAAGGGAUCUGCUCUUGGCAUCCUUGGCAAUCAUGGCAACGCAAGCGCCAUGGAAACUGUGGCUUGGAAAAAAGUACCCACAACAUAGCCGGCAAUAUCAGGGUGGAGCAGUAUCGAACUUUUCAGUUCGUGUCUUGGAAGCGCUCAUGGGUAUCUUGGUCGUCACAACAUGCAUCCUCAAGGUGCAUUGUGAUGAUUGGGAGAGUCGAGCUCACAAUAUAGACUGUGCAGGGUUUUUGAGUCUCUUCAAGGCAACGCUGCUCGAGAUUCCAUAUGAGAGCCUCUCCAACUCCUCUGCUGAGGGCCAACGCGUCGUGGAAGCUGCCCAAGAGUUGUUCGCGGCUUUUUCCAAUAUACUGGUGCAAGAAAACAAGUUGCAAUCCGCUCCAUUGGACCGCCUUACGGCAAUCUUUGAAGACUGCAUGGGAGGCCAUAUAACACCUCAAGGGCUGCGUACCGAGAUGAUUUUGCCUGCAAGAAAUAUGCUCGCGUCUUCUUCGUCCCGUUUCCUUCUCGACUCCAUGUUUGGCGCAAUCAACAAGACAGUGGCAACCGACACUGGCAAGGCAGCUGAAGCACCCGUGAGGCUACUCAGGUCGGUUCUAAGAACGCGACCUGAAACAGUCCUCGACGAUGAGUCAGAUUGGACGAGGUAUCGAUGCGUUGUAGAGAAGCUUUGUGUGUCCAGCAACACAAAACUGAUGUCCAGUGGAAUGGAAUUGCUGGACUCCUUGUUACAAGGACGGCAACACGACAUGCCUGCGAAAGAAGUUUUCGUUGCAGCAGAAACUCUCGUUACGUUUGUUUUAAAGCUUUUGCCGGAGACUAUCGAGAGCGUAUCUGGCACGUGUCGGCGCCUUUCUUUGCAGGCUUACGGUUCAUUGCUUGGAUCAGACUGGCUUGAACAUACGGACGAUCGAUGUGUUGGCAGCAUUGGCUCUCACGUCAAGAUAGUGCUUCGCCAUUCCGUCGCAACGGAAGCAGUGUCCGCGGUCAGGAGCGCAGCCUGCAAAGCGAUCGGAGAUAUUUGCAGCAACUGUUUCUUGUGUCAAAAUUUUCCCGACUCUUCAGGUGUCGAUGCAGCUUCCUCUUCGGAAGACUCUCAGCUACAACUAAUAGGUCCAGACGUUCUCGGAGCAAUGCUUAUCGCAAUGAAAGAUAGGAGCGCCCCUGUUCGAAGCAUGGCUCUGUUUGCUGUGGGCAAUCUAGCUCAGGUGUCAGUUGAUUCAGCCUGUUUCUAUGACCCAGAAACUCUUGGGGAUGCGUGUGAGGUGGCAUGUGCAUGCAUGGGCGAUGAAAACGAAAAGGUCGCUGGAAAUGCAAUUCGCAGCAUUGGCCACCUAGCCUCGUUGAUUGUACGCGAUGACUACAGUCGAGCAAUGAGUCAACGUGGUUGGGGGGUGGACGCGUUUUGUACAACAGUGAAUGCACUGGGCUCGGUGGUCAGGUGCAUUCAGUCUCUUGGAACUUCUCUCGAUGAGAAGGUCGUGAUAGCUGCUAUGAGCUGUCUGCAGACACUCUCUCCAACUUCGCUGGCGAGGAUCUCUGCGAAAAGCGAAUUGGUGGGGAAUGCUAUGGUAGCUUCCAUUUGCUACUUGGCGAAGGAGAGUUGGAGCAAGGGAACUUAUAGCUCCACAAAGAAGCUCGUCGGUCAAGUGGAGCUACUUUGCCGGCACUUGUUGGAUACUGCAACCACGGUUGAUGCCAGCGUCGUGACUGGCUGUGAAGAAAUUGCAGAAUCCUGGAUGGAGCAUCUUUACGAAUGGAUGAUACUCCAAGAGUGCACAGUCGGGGCGUUUGAUGUCUUUGCUCUGGCUCUUCAAAGACCAGGCUCUCGCGUCCCCAUCAACGUGGAACAAAAGUUUGCAAACCGAGCCAUGACGCUGUUUCGUGCGCAAGAUGACGCUGCUGACAGCGACGAUGAGCUGUAA